CGGCACCCGGGGAAUUAAAAGAGAGAGGGAAAAGCUCCGGCAGAAACGCGCGGCUCGCGUCCCCCCGGCCGCGGCGUGAUGCGCACGGCCUGGCCCGUGACGCCGCGGCCACCCCCCUUCCUGCGCCCCAGCUGCCAUCGCGCUCCCGGCUCUGGGACCCCGGUGUCUGCCCUCGCUUUCCAUGGGGCUGCGCCGCUGGCUACGGAGCGCCUGCUGCUGCUGCCGGUGCCCGUGCCUGGAGGAGCCCGCGCGGCCGGAGAAGGAACCGCUGGUCAGUGGUAACAAUCCGUAUUCCUCAUUUGGAGCAACUCUGGAGAGAGAUGAUGAGAAGAACUUAUGGAGCAUGCCUCAUGACGUGUCCCAUACCGAGGCAGACGACGACAGGAUCUUGUACAAUCUGAUAGUCAUUCGUAAUCAGCAGACCAAAGACUCAGAGGAGUGGCAAAGACUCAACUAUGACAUCUACACUCUGCGGCAGAUUCGCAGGGAAGUGAGGAACAGAUGGAGACGAAUCUUAGAGGACUUGGGUUUUCAAAGGGAAGCUGACUCUUUGCUGUCAGUGACCAAACUCAGCACCAUGAGUGAUUCUAAAAAUACGAGAAAAGCCCGAGAGAUGCUGCUGAAACUGGCAGAAGAGACCUCCAUCUUCCCAGCCAGCUGGGAGCUCUCCGAGAGGUAUCUCUUGGUCGUGGACCGUCUUAUUGCUCUUGAUGCUGCCGAAGAGUUCUUUAAAAUUGCUAGCCGAACUUACCCCAAGAAGGCCGGGGUUCCUUGCCUGGUAGAUGGCCAGAAAAAACUGCACUACCUUCCAUUUCCAAGCCCCUAAGGGACGGCCCGGAAGAAGAACGAAAUUCUUCCACUAUGUCACAGUAAUUUUCCAAAGUUGAACCGCUGCCUGCGGUUGCCAGUGAGCCAGGAGACAGCUUUCCACACUCAAACAGGAUUCUGAAUCCUACAGAAGGAGACAUCUUCCUCAGGACCUUUGCCUAAGAAGACUCUGCUUACAUUAAAACACCUGGCGACCGUGCAUCCGGAAAGCAAGUUAAAGAGUUGGCCAGUGGAUGUUUUUCCUGAAUGGUCAGAUUGUAAGAACUCAUCACCUGGAUGGUUAUAUAAGCUACCGUCAUUCAUCCUGUGGAGGACUGGUGUUUUCUAAUCAACAAAAUAGUGUGAUGAAUGGAGAAAGGUGUAACUGAGCCCCUUAUUACUUCAUCAGUUUUGAAGUAAUCAUUAUUAAAUGCAACACUAGACAAAAUGCCCCAAAUUUCAUAAAAUCCGAGGCCUGGUGUGACCUGUCUCUGAUUUGGAAACACCUGCAGCAGCUCACAUGCUGUUGGGGCCUCCUUUUGAGCACCAGGCUUGGUUGUUUAGAAGCAUGGGUGACCAACACAAUAGAAAUGUAUGGGCACAUAGCCCAGAUAGCAGAACUUCCUGCACUUGUGUCUCCAUUUGUGACACAAGCACCCUAAACCCUAACAUUAAUCCCCAGCAUUAAAGUUACCCAGUGACCUUGUUUUUUUAAUGUGUUGCCCAUUUCUAGUCCAAAGAGCCCUUGGCGUUUUAUGAAGAAAAGCAUCUGUAAACUGGAAUGUUUGGCCUCUGCCUCCUGUCUUGAAUCUGUUUCCUGAUUAUCAGCUGAGGGUAGUACCUGCUGAGGGAGCUUGCAGUGCAGACAUAUAGGUAUGGAGGUGCUGGCAUAUUGGCAGAGGUCACCGUUGGGUCUUUCGUUAGUCUGAAGACGAUUUUCACAGUGGAGCCGUGUUAGCAGUGUAGCGUGCCCGUAGGAAGAGAAGCCCAGUUUCCUGAUGUCAUAAUGAAAGAGCUUGCCAAGAGUUCAUGUUUGUUUUGUUGAAAAAACUUUAAAGACUGGUAGGAUUUAUCUGUAGACUACUGAAAACAAUAGAAAUAUUUUUUAUUUUCUAACAAUUUUGCACUUCUAACUUCAGGUUGAAAACAAAUUUGUAUUAGACUGUUCAGGAGGUUGUGACUUGAAAAAUUUCAUAUCCUGGGGAGGUUUCUUUUGCUUGUGUACUCCAUAUUUAAGAUAUUUACUAGGUAAUACAUGUCCUCCAUUCAUCAAUGCAUUGUAGACCAAUUUAACAGAAUUCCAGAGAAUUCUUCCAAGUUUAGUAGGUAAGCUAAAAGUUUUAUUUUUUUAAUAUUUAGUGCUUAAUCUCUGCCUUAUGUUGUUUGAAAUUAGCCCCUUAGAUAUUUUUACUCACUUCUGUGAGCUUUUAGAAAUAAGCAAUAAAAUAAAAUAAAUCUUAGACCGUUGUAUUGUUUUAAUAUCUGUACUCAGAAUUUGUUUUGUCUUCAUUUUUAUAUCAAAAUAGAUGAAUUUAUCUGUGUCUGGAUUGUAAACCAUUACCAUAGUUUUAUUUAUUUUAAUAAUUUAUUUUAACCUUUUUAUGUGCAUUGGUGUGAAGGUGUCAGAUCUCCUGGAACUAGAGUUACAAACAGUUGUGAGCUGCUCUAUGGGUGCUGGGAAUGGAAUCGGGUCCUCUGGAAGAGCAACCAGUGCUCUUAACCAUUGAGCCAUCUCUCCAGCCUCCAUAGUUUUCAUUUUUGUUAAUGAACAAGUGUGUAAAAUUGUCUCUAUGGUAAUUAAAACACAUGAAAUUACCCAGGAAUGUUUAUCCAAGGGAUUAAAAGACUUCCACGUGUGCCUUAA